GAUGAGGAGAUGAAGUAUAAAUAGAAAGGCAGUUCAAGAGAAAUCGAAUUAUUAGAUAAUUAAUUAAUUAUUUUUUCUUAGGGAGUGAUAAUUAUUGAAAAUUAUUAGCAAUUAUUAAUAAAUUCAAAAUGGUUAAAUUAUUGGUUGGACUAAAUUGUGAAGAUGAGCGACAUUUGUUAAUUGGGACCAGUGGAAUUAGUUUAUUUCGAUUACAAAUGUUGAUUGAGAACAAAGUGAGACCUAUAAUAUUGAUACCGUAUGGUAUUAUGGAGGUUAGCAGUACAUUAAGAGAGUAUAUUUUAGAGAAUAAGAACAAGGGUAUAGUUGAGGUAAUUGAGAUUGAAUCAGAGAAAAUGAGGAUUGGACUAAUUGAAAAAAUAAUAAAGAGUGUUGGAAGAGAAAGAGUUGGAAGGAUAAUUGAUAGAGUAUUUGUUACAUUGGGAAAAGAGUAUGAAAAGUUGAAAAGAGAGAUAUAUGGAGUUUGUAUAAGAUUAAGGAUACCCAUCAAUAUCACAGAUGAGCCAGGGUUGUGUUCAUUUACAAUGUUGUCGAGUUAUAAAGAUGGAGAUUUUCAGGUUGGAUUGACGACUAAUGGGAAGGGAUGCAGGUUAGCGUCCAAGCUCAAGAGGGAUAUUGUUAGUAAAUUGCCAAAGAAUUUGAGUGGGAUAUGCGAUAAUAUAGGAAAAUUGAAGAAGAGAAUCCAAGAAGAUGAUAAAAGUAGACUUGAUAAUGAAAAUAGCAAUGAAUGUAAUAAUAAUAGUGAUGGUAAUGAUUAUGAUAAUGAUUAUGAUAAUGAUAAUGAGGAAGAUAUCUUACCGAGCAAUGGAAUCAAUAAAAUAUAUGAUAAAGAUUAUCGGGAGGAAAAUUUGUAUCGAAAAUAUGUUGAUGAGGAAGAAUUGAAGUUGCAAAGAACCAGAUGGUUAUCCCAAAUCAUUGAGUAUUUUCCAUUAGAAAAGUUGAGUGAAAUAUGCAUUGAUGAGUUAUCGUUAAUUUAUAAAGAUAAAGAAGAUCAAUUGGCAUUGAACAAAAAGUUUCCAGAUAUAAGUACAUUUCAUGGCGAGAUUAGCAUAAGAAGCAAGAAACCAGAAAAGUUGAACAGAAAAGGAAAUGGGAAUGGGAAUGGAUACAGAAAAAAAGGGAAAAUAUCGUUAAUCGGAUCAGGGCCUGGAUCUAUAUCGAUGCUAACAAUCGGAGCAAUUAAAGAGAUGUAUUCAGCAGAUUUGAUAUUAGCAGACAAGUUGAUAUCGAAAGAGGUAUUGGAAUUGAUAAGCAAAGAUGAAGAUGGUGGUGGUAGAAAACGGGAAAUCUACAUUGCAAAGAAAUUUCCAGGAAACGCCGAGAGAGCACAAAAGGAGUUGUUGGAGAAGGGAUUGGUAGGGUUGCAAAAGGGAUUGAAAGUGAUCAGAUUGAAGCAGGGAGACCCAUACAUCUUCGGCAGAGGAGGAGAAGAGUAUCAGUACUUUCGAGAUCGAGGGUACAGGCCGUUGAUCGUUCCAGGGUUGAGCUCUUCGAUGGUAGGACCCAUCUUGGCGGAUAUUCCGGUGACGCACCGCAAGGUGAGUGAUCAGUUUAUCGUGAGCACGGGCACCGUGAAGGACGGGAAGUUUCCCGCAAACAUCCCCCGGUACAACGAGCACACCACUGUCAUCUUGUUGAUGGUGUUGCACCGCUUGAGGGAGAUGGUGGGCUACUUGGUGGGCGAGUUGGGGUACGACACGGAGGUGCCCUGUUGCAUCGUCGAGAGAGCGUCGAGCCCUGACCAGCGCAUUAUCCGCAGCCAGUUGAAAAAUGUUGUGGAGGCCUUUGAGGUAGCGGGAUCCAGGCCACCGGGAUUGUUGGUGAUAGGCCACACUUGCGACUUGCUUCACGGCCACUUUGGAGGCAAGAGCGAGCAACACGGGGAGCACGGGGAGCACGGGGAACCACCGAAGUGGAUUGUGGAAGAAGGCUACUCCGACAUCGACGUGAACAUUGCCGACGUCGCGCGGUACAUACAGGUGAGUCGGUGGACUCAGGAAUAAAUGACCCAUCAAGCAGCCUCAGGACCAGGAAAACGGUUCCAGGAAAUGCCCCGAAAAGCACGGUGCGCACCACGGCCACGAGUCUGGGGCUGACGUGUUGGGACGCACAGCGUGCGCGCAGAGAGCGGGCCGAGUGUGGUGAUUGGUGGCCAAAGAGACCGACCCGAAAGGAAAUGCUCCAGUUGCCGAC